AUGCAGCGUUACCUCAAGACUGCGAGAUUUCACAGCCUCUUUUUAAACACCCAGCACAGUUCCCAGCUAUGCAGGGAGACGAAUGUUGCCAUUAACCCUGAGUUGGGUUUCAACCGUCCACAAGGUGCAAGGUUACAGUCGAUCAUGCAGUCAUUAUCUAGACUUGGUCGUGUAAGAUCUUUAGACGGUAUUCGGUUUGGAGAACUUGAUUGCUCUAAGGUAAUCCUUUGUCAAGUUUGGUAUGGUACUACUGAAGUUAAUUAUAAUCCCACAAGCAGUCACCUCUUGAAGCUACUACAUUACGAUCAUCUCACAAAACUCACAUCGCUAGUUGCUGAUGGAUAUCCUCCAGCUUCUAACACAAGAACACUCCAAUCUUUGUUCUCGGAUAACUUGUUGGCCACUGCUGAUCCUCCUGAUCCCGCUCCCACUACUAUGAAGUCGAAAGCAUCUCCUUCCAUAAUACGUCAAGUAUACAUAGCUCCCACCGAAAGUGCCAUACCAGAAUCCUUGGUGAUUAGUCAUGAAGGGUUGUCAUAUCGCAUAUUCUUAUCAUUGGACAGCCAAAAAUGUUUCAAGUGCAACCAAUCAGGACACAUAGCCAACAAUUGCAGAUCUACACCCCAACCAUCGACCUCAAACAUGGAUGAUACCGUCCUUCCCUCAUCCUCAGUAAAACCCAAUAAUAACAUGUCUAGCAGUAUUCAACUGGAACCCACUAUCACACAGGCAGCCGAAGUUCGACAGACACAACUGCCAAUCUUAACUGAAGAAUCUCCUAACAGACAGACCAUAUCCACUCCACAACCAAUAUUGAGUCAAAGCAAAGAACUUAACAUAGAAAUGCCACCUACUCCAUCCGUAGCAACCACCGACGAUGCCAGCAACACAGGCAAAAGAAGUUUUUCAACAAUUGUUACCCCAACAUCAGAUUUUGAAACCUCAUCAACUCCAACCUCCGGACCGACCUUUAUAAAGCCAGCUAAAGCAUCAGUGAAAAAACCAAAAAUAGACUCCCAGCAAGCAGUUAUUUCAGAUCAAGCCUACGAACCAGCCAAACGUUUUAUAGAUACAAACCAAGACCUUUUAGUAUUAAAUUCUAUCCAGAUGAAAAGUCUCUUAGAAAAUGUGCACGGAACCCAGAACGUUAUAUCAGUAGUAAACGAAUACACCGUAGAUAUAAAAAGCUUGAUUGAAACAAUACUGCUCAUAUACCCUCAUUUAUCGGACCGAGCCCUGAAGAACAGGUUAACCAGGUUGCGCAAAAAACUAGAACGGCACAUCGAAAAUGACAAUAUCGACAGCGAAACCUCUUCUGUAGAUUCUAGUUUCUUUUAA